GCAACACGAAAGCGUGCGUAGCGUGUUUGAUGCAGACGAUACAACUGCUGUUUGAAAUUCGCAUUAUUUAAGCAUUUUCGGAAAUGAUCUCGAUACGUAACGAACAAGAAGCCAAUCAAAUUAAACUUUACAUUUCUUUCUUAACGAAAUUCUUGAGAGAAUUUACAUGGUUAAUCGAUUCCUUUGUGUUGGAUUUCUUCACCGAUAACCAUUGGUCGAAAUUACCAUUUUCCUGGCAAUUGUGUCUUUGCAAUGUAGAACCACAAGAUCUAUCAGUUUGGUUAACGAAAGAAAAAAUGAGUUACAAAGAGGUCUGGCCUUUGGGUCUGCAAGCUCUUCGAAUUGUUGCACAUACAUUCACAUUAUCUCGUAAAGCAGUUACCUGUUUCCAUCAGUUAGAACAGUUUCUGAAUUCUUUUAAAUUUGAAAAUAAAGAUAGAAACAUAAAUUCAAAUGAAGAUGCCGAAAUGUUGAAGUGUUCAGAUUUUGAUCAUAUAUUUACAAGACAUGUAAAACCUAAAAAACGUCAUGAAAUUGAAAGAAUUGCACAGAUUGCCCAAGUGGUCUUACAAAACAUUAAAUGUCAUAAUGUUGUUGAUAUUGGAUCUGGCCAGGGACAUUUAUCUCGUCUUUUAUCACUUCGGUAUGGCUUUCAAGUAAUAACAAUGGAGACUAUAGAAUCUCACAUUAAAACUGCAGAAAAAUAUGAUAAGAAGGCUUUAAGAGAAAUUGUUAAGAAACAAAACAAUAGUAAUUUGAAUGAGAAAUCUGAAUUGAGUGCUUUAAUAUUGCCAAAGCAUAUUGUUUAUCAUAUAUCUGAAUCGACAAGUGAAUCUGAAUUAAUUCAAAUGAUAAAGAAAAAUUGGGAAACAGAUGUAAUAAACUCAGAUAUAUUUUUCAGUAUUGUUGGGCUGCAUACUUGUGGAAAUCUUGCAGUUAAUAUGAUUAAAUUAUUUUUGAAUAACUUUGAAGCUAAUGUAAUUUUGUCUGUUGGUUGCUGUUAUAUGAAGCUAGAUUUAAACAGAAAUUUUCCACUGAGUAAUUUCCUGAAGAAUUCCAAAUUCACACUGACUUAUGAAGCUUUAGAAAUAAGUUGUCAUGCAAUUGAGACUUAUACUGAGAGAUUAAGAAGAAAUGCAGAUUGUUUGAAGAUUCACUGUUACCGAGCUACUCUGGAAACUUUGAUUGUAAAGUAUUUACCGGAGAUGAAACAUUUCGGUCUUCAUAGUAUAAAGCAUGCAGAUAAAAUGCCAUUUUCUGUUUAUGUUCAGAAUGCAUUGAAAAGAAUUGAUUUAAAUAUCACUCCAGAAGACGUAUCGUCUCCUUACAUUAAUGAAUGCCUUGAACAUUGGAAACUAGUCGUGAUAUUUUAUUCUCUCAGAUUAAUGAUUGCGCCAGUAAUAGAAACCCUUGUGUUACUAGACAGGUUGCUGUUUUUAUAUGAAAAAGGUUGUUCCUGUUGUUUGAUGCCAUUAUUUGAUCCGAAAAUAUCGCCACGUAACCAAAUUUUGAUAGGAGUUAAACCGAAUAUUUUUAAACAUUAAAAAUUUAAAAAAAAACUUUAUCAAAAUAUGAAUUACUGUAGAUAAAAAUCAAUUUCUUCCAUAAUAAUUAAUUAAAAUAUUGUACAUAUUUCAACUCAUUUUCAAAAAUUGCAUAUUAUAAAUAUUUAACAAUUAUAGAAGAUAAGCAAAUUAUUUUAUUAAUUAUUUAUUGAACGAGAAACAUUUUAACAUUUUUGAUUUUAUUCAGCACCUAUUAUGAAUGAACGAAUGGUAGCUUAUGCAGCAAUAUGACUAUUUUAUGCAAUUAAUAUUUGUGUUAUGCAUUAUGGUAAGAGAAAAUACCCAGGAACAGAGAAGUAUUAUUUGAUAAAGAAUUGUUUUGGACGAAAACAAAUCCAGCGAGAAAUAAGUAUGAUGAAUUUAAUAUUGACGGUGUCUGAAUGGAAAAUUCUAAAGAAAAAUGUCGACAAUUGCCCGAAUGAGUGAAAUAAAAUAAAUACAUGUUUGCAAAAUAACCAAACUUCAAAUGAUUCCUCAAUGUAUGAAAUAAGCAAUUUGAUCACAAUGAUUUUCAGAAGCAAAUAUGCAUAAAAUUAGAUAUACAGUACACAGGCAAUCAAAAAGUUCCCAAAAUUAUGGUAGAGCAUCGUAAUGGUAAGACAUAUGGAUAUUCUUACUUAAUCAGCUUUAAAAUAGAUGAUUAAGCAAACCCUUCAGCACAAACACACUUGCCCCAUUGAUCCUGCCAUUGUCGGAAGCACUUUUGGAAACUCGUUUUGGAUCAUUCGGGAACCACUGUCCAGAUGGUACAAGCUACAAGUUCAUACCAAGUGGACAGUGUGAUACUGACCAUUUCUGCAUGCAAAUUUUGCAUAGGUUACAAGUUGUAGGAAAUGGUAUGACAAGUGGCCGGAAAGGUGGUUUCUACAUUGUGAUAACGAACUGAGUCACUGUAGCAACUCAUUGUUGACAAGACUUCCUGUCAUUGCCAGGAAGCCAUACUCACCGGAUCUCACUUCGAGUGACUUUUGGCUGCUCCCUACCCCGAAAGUGGAUCUCAAAGGGCACGUUUCAUAAUCACAGAAGACAACAAAUGGAACGAGAUGACUGAAUUUCUGAAUAUUCCUAAAGAAGCCUUUCAAUGGGGUUUCCAACAAUGGCAGGAUCGACGGCACAAGCUUGCAUGUGCCAAAGGGUCCUGCUUUGAAGGCUAUUAGUUAAGUGUUUCAUAUGUCCUACCAUUACAGUGCUAUACCACAAUUCUGGGAAUAUUUUGUCUGCUCGGGUAUUUGUAUAUUCAAAAAUUUUGGGUUACACUAACCCAUUUUUAAGAGUUUAUCUACAGAAUGAAAAAUAAACAGAAUUUCUUGAUUUGUUUAUUAUUUACUGAAAGUAGACAACUGAUUUAAAAGUGUUUAGUCUGAUUUUUAAACACUUUUUUUUGCUUUGAUAAAGUGAUUAAUUUGACAUUUAUAAUUGGACGAGCUUUCGCAACAAGGAUAUAAACAAUAAACUUUUCACUCGUUCAGAAUAUUGACUGAAAAGUAUAAAAAUAUAGGACAUAACAAGAAGAAUGAUAAAUAUGCAACAGAAAAGAUUUCAUGCGAUGCCAUCUCUGUGUAAUACUGGAGAACUUAUACUAUUAUCAAAUGCCAAAUAAAAACAUUUAAUUAGUUUUUACAAGAUUAAAAGUUUUUGUAUAUUUUAUAUGGUUAACGGAUUGUACGAACUGCAAGAGAGAGAAAACAGUGCCGAAAUGUAGAGAGAAGGAAGCUAGAAAAGACCACAAAGAAGAAGAAAGAAGCUUUUUGGAGAUUGGUUUGGACAUUAAAGACUUACUCUAAAGUAAAAUCGUAAAUUUUAUUACUUGGAAUUACUUUUUACUGUUCGUUCUGCUAAUAUUGUAUCUGCAAAAUCCGUAGAAACUUGAAUGGAGGAAUCAAGGUGAAAAUUUGAUUAAGAACAAAUUUAAUCUCGAAGUCUAAGCAGGUACAUUUGAUCCCUAAUGCUUUUAUCAAAAUUAUAAUCCUGAAUUUAUAAAGAAUUGAUAAGAAUUAUAAUCUCAAAUUUAUAAAGAAUAUUGACAUUAUAAACGACUUUUUUUUU